AUGAGUUAUCCUAGCGAUUUCAGCACCAGGCUCAAGCCUGCUGCACCAGAUGGUGCCACGGUUAUUGCAAAAGAGCGAGAACGCUCAAACAUCAACAUCACACAGCUGUCGGAGCACUUGAUGGGAUCGGAAUACCUUGAGCGACAACGAAAAGUAUUGGCAAUCUUGAGUCAAGAGAAGAUAUUUUCCAAGUCAACUCAAGCAAACCUUUCACGACCGGACAGGUACAAACUAGGCCUCGCCCGGGGAAAGCGUAUGAGACAACUUCAAGACAAGCACAGCUGGGAUGACGAUGACUUCCUGAUGGCUGAAUACCUUGUGGAUGACAUUCAACCAUACCAUCUGCAUAUAUCCCUUUUUACUGCCGCAGUCCGUGAACAGGCGAGUGAUGAGCAGAGGGCGUACUGGAUACCCAAGAUCGCGGCGUGGGAGAUCAUCGGCGCCUAUGCACAGACUGAACUCGGCCAUGGUAGCGAUGUGCGAGGUAUAGAGACCGAAGCACGAUGGGACCCGACUGCAAAAGAGUUCGUUCUUCACAGUCCCACCAUCACAGCGAGCAAGUGGUGGAAUGGCACACUUGGCCGAACUGCCAACUAUGCGGUUGUUAUUGCCCAGCUGAUGCUACUAGAAGAUGGAGGCUACAAGCCAUACGGACCACACCCGUUCAUCGUCCAGAUAAGGGAUCUAAAGACCCAUCGACCUCCUCAAAGUAUCGUUGUCGGCGAUAUCGGCCCGAAAUAUGGAUACGCUCCGAUGGACAACGCAUAUUGCCUGUUUAAUCAACACCGCAUCCCCCAUAGUGCCAUGUUGUCAAGGCAUUCUCGCAUCGACCCACAGACUGGAGUGUACACCAAGCCUAAAAAUCCAUCUUCUGUUUAUGGCCAGCUUACUAGAGGGCGUUCAGUCAUUGUCAUGAACGCGCGGCUGGUUCUGGCUCGAGCCGUGACAGUGGCAGUGCGCUACCUAUCAAUUCGACGCCAAUUUCACGAUCAAGAUAAUCCAACCCAGCCGCUGGAGACAUCUGUCCUCGACUACACAACGGUGCAGAUACGAAUUCUGCCCCUUCUUGCAACAACAUUUGCCCUUCACUAUUCGGGCGCGUAUGUGCGGCAGCUAUACGAACGUACACGCAAGAAUGAUACUACGAUUGAUGCAGUCGAUGAAGCAUCCCUCUCCGAACUCCAUAGCACAUCAGCUGGACUAAAGAGUCUAGCAACCACUCUCGCCGCAGACGGGAUCGAGGUCUGUCGGCGCUCUAUGGGUGGUCACGGAUUCGGCGGAGGCACUGGCCUUGUGCAGUUGAACGCGGACUAUUUGUCUAAGCCGACGGUUGAGGGGGACAACUGGAUGAUCACGCAGCAAGUCGCACGCUACCUGAUCAAGAAGUUUAAGGAGCGCGCACAUUCAUUGAAUAGCCACGCAUUGAGUCAGACGGAGGAGCACUUCAAAAUCUACAUUUACGGCCAAUCUCAGGAGCCUAAAUUUGACGUAUUGAAGAGGGAUCAGGCGAUCGUGGAUGCUUUCAAUUGGCGCAUGGCCUGCAUAGCAUGCCGAGCCUAUGAUGCUCGAGAAAUCGAGAAGAGAUCGUGGAACAGCUUGCUCAUCGAUUUUCACAAACUUAGUAGAGCCUACUCGCAAGCAAUGUUGGUGUCGAACUUCUACACCGCUACAGCCGACAACAGCGACGACAUGGCUGCUCUGGAUGCAUCUACGCGGGCCGUUUUACUUGAUCUCUUCCGAUUGUUCGCCCUUUACACCAUGGACUCCGAGGCUCGGGAGUUCCAAAAUUCCGGGGCAGUCUCCUCGGAAGAUCUGGAUAAGUUGCCGGCAAAGGUGUUGGAGCUGAUGGAAAGAAUAAGGCCACACGCUGUUCGCCUUGUAGAUGCAUGGGCGAUCCCGGAUUAUUUGCUUGAUAGCGCAUUGGGACGCUACGAUGGUAAGGUCUAUGAAGACCUCUUUUAUCGCGCACACAUGAUGAACCCUCUGAACAGGUUGAUAUUCAACCCUGAUUAUCAGACCGAUGAGAUCGUGAUGGGAAGCGGCGAUGCAGGGCAAAUAUUGGCCAAGUUGUAG